AUGUCAAAGUUAUUCACCAACGUUAAAGAAUUACCACCUGAUCCAUUAUUUGGCUUAAAAGCAAGAUACACCCAGGAUCCACGUAAAGAUAAAGUUGACUUGGGUAUUGGUGCCUACCGUGACAACAACGGCAAACCAUGGAUCUUGCCAGCCGUGCGUCAAGCUGAACAGAAAUUGAUCAACUCUCCCGAUUACAAUCACGAGUACUUGUCGAUUUCUGGGUACGAGCCAUUUUACACUGGUGCUGCUAAAGUCUUGCUUGGUGAUUCAUCGCCUGCUAUUGCUGAGAAGCGAGUUGUUUCGCAACAGAGUUUGUCGGGAACUGGUGCUUUGCAUUUAGCGGGACUAUUCUUGAAGAAGUUUUAUGCUGCUGGUCCCCACACCAUUUACUUAUCACAGCCAACUUGGGCUAAUCAUAAACAAGUGUUUGAGACCUUGGGGUUGAAAGUCAAGACGUAUCCUUAUUGGAACAAUGCCACCAAGUCGUUGGAUUUGCAAGGUUUUUUACAAACCAUUGAACAAGCUGAACUGGGUUCUAUCUUCCUCUUGCAUGCUUGUGCCCAUAACCCCACAGGGUUAGACCCCAAUUACAAACAAUGGGACCAAAUCUUGCAAGCAUUGGAAGCCAAGAAGCAUUUGAUCAUAUUUGACUCGGCUUAUCAAGGGUUUGCAUCGGGUGAUUUGGAAAAGGAUGCGUACCCAAUCCGCAAAGCCAUUAAUGAAUCAGUCAUCAAAUCUACUCCAAUCAUCAUUUGCCAAUCAUUUGCCAAGAAUGUCGGUAUGUAUGGUGAGAGAGUUGGAGCUAUCCAUUUCGUAUUACCAACCAAAGAUGAAGCAUUUGGCAAAGCAGUUAAAUCCCAAUUGAAUUUGAUUAUCCGUUGUGAAAUCUCCAACCCGCCAGCUUAUGGAUCGAAAAUCGUUUCCACCAUACUCAGUGAUUCCCAAUUGUACGCACAAUGGAGAAAAGACUUGGUGACUAUGUCAUCUAGAAUCAUCAAGAUGAGAAACACAUUGAGAUCCAAAUUGGAAAAAUUGGGCACUCCAGGAACUUGGAACCAUAUUACUGACCAAACUGGAAUGUUUUCAUUCACGGGAUUGACUCCUGAGCAAGUUGCUAGGUUGGAAAAGAAACAUGGUGUUUAUUUGGUUUCUAGUGGAAGAGCCUCGGUUGCUGGUUUGAAUGAUGGAAAUGUUGACAAAGUGGCCAAUGCCAUUGAUGAAGUUGUGAGAAACUCAAAGACGGAAUCAGCCAAACUUUAG